AAGCAUCUCCCUCACUACAUCGGAGAACCUAAGGGACAACUCCCGUCUUAGCAGCCCAAUGGCGGCGGCCACUAUGUCCCUCUCCUCCCCGGCCUUCGCCGACAAGGCGGUGAAGAAUGUGUCGUUGUCGGCCCUCUUCGGCGAGGCACGUGUCACCAUGCGCAAGACUGCGGCAAAGGCAAAGCAAGUUGCUUCGAGCAGCCCAUGGUACAGUGCCGAUCGUGUGCUCUACCUUGGCCCACUAUUAGGUGAGCCGCCGAGCUAUUUGACCGGCGAGUUCCCCAGUGACUAUGGGUGGGACACAGCUGGACUCUCAUGUGAUCCCGAGACCUUCGCGAAGAACCGUGAGCAAGAGGUGAUCCACUGCCGAUCGGCCAUGCUUGGUGCCCUAGGUUGUGUCUUCCCUGAGUUGCUCGCCCGCAAUGGCGUUAAGUUUGGCGAGGCUGUUUGGUUCAAGGCUGGCUCCCAAAUCUUCAGCGAGGGUGGCCUCGACUAUCUUGGCAACCCCAGCCUCGUCUACGCGCAAAGCAUCCUAGCCAUUUGGGCUUGCCAAGUUGUGCUCAUGGGCACUGUCGAGGGGUUUCGCAUUGCCGAUGGCCCACUCGGCGAGAUUGUUGACCCGCUUUACCCUGGAGGCAGCUUUGACCCGCUCGGCCUAGCUGACGACCCCGAGGCAUUCACAGAGCUUAAGGUGAAGGAGAUCAAGAACGGUCGCCUUGCCAUGUUCUCCAUGUUUGGCUUCUUUGUGCAGGCCAUUGUCACCGGCAAGGGCCCGCUAGAGAACCUCGCUGACCAUAUCACUGAUCCUGCCAACAACAAUGCCUGGGCAUUUGCCACCAACUUUGUGCCUGGCAAGUAAGGCACGUACUAGAGUUGAGUUGUGAGCUGGCGAGGUGCUCUGAUUUGUACUACCAUCAUGUAAACUAGGGGUUGGGGCGCCACCUUGUGGCGCCUCUUCAAAGGAAGUUGGGGCGGUGCCAAGUUGGCAGUCACUCAUUCCAGUUGCUUUUUUGCAAUCUUCAUAAACACAUGAAAAUGGCAUGUUACAAGAAGCCACACUAUAAAUUUUUGAAAGAGCUAAAUAAAUGACACUCAAAUACAAUGAGAUUAGAACAUCUUCGUCGAGCUUCGGUCGUUCAUUGCAAUUUAUUAAAGAAAAAACAGGACACUGAUCAUAACAAAAACUAAAAACCAAAGAAAAAAUAGGACACAGAUCAAGGUUGAUGACGCCCGCGCCCGAGCCGCCAGCCUUCUCGUUGUUGGCGGCCAACGCCAAUCCGCGGAGCACGGCAAUACAACAAUACAUAGUCAUUCAAAUAACCGCAAAAUGAGAUAAACUGAGGGUACCUAUGUGAUUUCCUGGAAUUGAUCCCUAGAAAUAUCCAAUUGAAUUGCUUGGGGAAAGCAACAAGCUGCAGUACUAGAGGUUACAUAAGCGAUUCGAUAAACGAUAAUGGCUCAGGUUAUUCAUGAUUUUAGAUGGUGAAAAACAGAGCAUAGGUAGAUCUUGAUAGCACGGGAAACAUUAAGGCAACUCCAAUAACAAUGCAUAAAUUAGCUUCAGUACUAACACUAUGCUUUUGGAUAUAAGUACUCAACCACAAAUUCUGUGAUACUUGGCAAACUAUGAAAUCAUGUGUAACAAUAGUAUACAACGAUGUAUUUAUAGUGACAGAAAAUAGUGCCAUCAACAAGAUAUCUGCAGAAGUGGAAUUCACACCACAUUGGUCAUCUGCACUACCACUUUACAGAAAAUAAGGGUUUGUCAUAUACGUACAUCACCAUGUAAUCUCCAUCUGUUUGUCUGAAAGAAAUAUGAAAAUUAAACCCUCUCACCCAAUCGUUCUACUACAUAAAUCAUGCCCAGUGCCAUGCUUGCACCUUUAUUCCUGGAGUAUUUGCAGCUGGUGAGUCUAUUUUUUCUUCUUUCUUUUGAUUUACAGCUAUUGGCAUGAAUUGACACGUGCAAUUGGUCCUAGCAGGCUAGCACUAACAAUAAUUUGAACCUGUCAAUUGGCUGAUUAAAUAAGCUUCCUCUGAUUUCUAUAGACGCAGUUGCAACAGUUAGCUGCAGCAAUUGUAUCUUUCUUUUGCAGGUGGGGCAUGCGUUCGGACUGAGUUAUACAAUUAUUAAAUCAGCUUAAUUGUUUAAACAAUUUGCUCAUGUUCGUGGCCUAACAAUACUUUUGUUAAUAGUUGUCAACUAAAAGAGGAUCUACCUUUUCUAAUGGUCGCCCGAUAAAAGAGGAUCCAUACCCUGACGAGUUUCCAUUGUACACAAUUAUUCUUUGCUAACAAUAAUUUUGCUAAGUUGCUCUCUA